ACCUGAUUAUCACAAUCUGUAGCUUAAGUCCAGGCGCAGCAGCUACGCUAAGUCCUUCAGUGUGAGCGCUAGACGAGGGGAGUAUGGCCCACAAAAAUGACGUCCAGUUUUCCAUCAGGGAAUACAGACCUUCAGAUGAACACGUGGUCUUGUCACUCUUUCGUGAUGGGAUUCUGGAACACGUGUACCCGGCGUUCUUCAGCGCCAUGAGCAAUCCAGAUCAUAUCGGUGUGACUCUGAGCAUCUCUAUGGCCGGCUACGUGCUCGGAGGCAGCUCAUACUUUCUCGCUUUAUUCUUUGGCCUUUCAUGGGCCGGCAUCAUUUAUUACUGCUGCUACGAGAUCUACGAGGACUACAUGAUGAAGAGGCUGAGCACGGAUAUGGCCGACAUUAAAGCCAGCUACCUGGAUAACCCGGAUCACGGUUUCUGGGUGGCCGAGGCCGACGUCAACGGCCAGGCCAAAGUGGUGGGGAUCCUGGCGGUGAUGGGGAAAGCAGGAGAGGACGAAGGUGAGAGGUUUGAAGACUGGAACGGAGGACUGAACGGCUCAGAGUUUGAUCAAGAUGCCGGGAAUGGAAGUUACGGUGAGAUGUCUCAUCUGGUCGUCGUCUAUCCCUGGCGUCGCAAAACCCUGGGCUCACAGUUGAUGCGGAAGGUCUUGGAUUUCUGCAAAGAGCGAGGCCUGACCCGGAUCGUUACGGAUGUGAGCUCGCCGCAGGCCGCGGCCCUUUCUAUGUACCAAAAACUAGGCUUUGUUGAAACUGCAUCCCACCGUAACACGCACCGUAAUCGGUGGUUCUCCAAACUGGCCAGGAUAAAUAUGAUGCGAAUGGAAAAGUCCAUUUAAACAAAACACAAAUGGAAUUUAGAGCUCAGUACCUGAAACAAUCUUGUCUGUUCAGCACAUCAAAGUUAAUUUAUGCUUUUUGUCUCAUUUAAUGUACAGUGAAAACAUAUAUAUGUUGUGUGAUGUAUGAUCAUUCAAAACAUCCCAUGAUAGUUUGAAGAAAAAUAUUAAAUUUCCUGUUUAUUUUCCACAAAGCAC